GACGAUGUGAUGUGCUUUUAAAUGUGUGAGAGAAGAGAGCAAGAAAGAGAGGAGAGGGAGAGGAAGAGGCAGUGUGCAUGCUCACUGAGGGUGCGUGCUGGUUGUAAAUCCAAUUUAUAAGUUAGCUGUGUCUCGGUGUGUUCUGCAGGCCUGAACCCUGUUUUGUGUGCCUGAGAGGGGAACAUUAAUCAGUCUGCCUUCAGUUUAGAGGACGCAGUAAACUGGCCUGGUGUUGCAUCUUCGAACAUCCGAAUGGGGACGAGCAGAAAAUCGGAACUUGGCUGAACCAGCUCAGAGGAGCAUCACAGGACUCGAGAGUUAGUGCAGCUUUUAUACCGAUGUAGUACUUCACAUCUUCUCUUCUCUUCCACUGAAGCCUUCAUGAAUAUUCAUGAACGUUACAGCGCCCAUCCAGAAGCCCCCGCUCUCCCUCCAAGCCACGUGAUGCGAAAGACAAAAACGCACUCUCAUAUUUUUAGACACUUGACUGAGGAGAUCUCGAGCCUGUUAGGCUGUAUUUUCUUCUCUUUGUUCUGCCUUGCCAGUCUCCAUCAGCGUCCACAAUCGGUGCCUUUGUUGCUCGGAUGAGAGGGGACAUUCUUCCAAAGGGAUGAUUUUUCUCGUCUCCGCAGGCCCUGGCACCACACGCGUCUGCCCCCGCACCGGCCUCAGUGCCAGGCUGGAGUCGCUCUCAAGCUGACAGACGCAUACGAGCACUGCAAAGCGACAGGACCUGCGCAUGGUUCGUGAUGGAUUUUAGGUAAGAAUAAACCCCUUGGAUGGAACAGCAGUCCAUGGAGGAACCCCUGGAGCUCUCGAUGCUGCCUCCUGCACUGUUCCACUGACCUGUUACUUGUCUGCGUUGUGUGUUACAGACCCAUGAUACGAUGGAAGUGCUCAAGUGCUUACUCCAGCAUUUCCUAUUGAACACGUAGCAAGACUUGGACAUGCCGAGGAGACGAGACAUCCUUGCCUUUGUCCUGAUUGUGCUGCCAUGGACUUUACUCAUCAACAUGUGGCAUCAGAGUCCUGUAACUCCACAGCCCGUCACACUCAAGAAUGUCACGAAAGUACAAAAGAACCACAUCAGAGAAAACUGCAUCACAGAUAACGGCAUCCGCCGUGGCCACGUGUUGGGGCGUCCCGCACCGUGGUCCGACCUUCUGCCCAUCAUCCACGUCAUCACGCCCACCUACACCCGAGCCGUGCAGAAAGCCGAGCUCACGCGCCUCACCAACACGUUCCUGCAUGUCCCUAACCUGCACUGGAUCGUGGUGGAAGAUUCACCACGCAGGACGGCGCUCGUCUCCAGGCUGCUGAAGAACUCCGGGCUCAAUCACACGCACCUGAACGUGGAGACGCCGCGAGUUCACCGGAUGCGCAAGGAAGCAAGGGGCAGCCGUGUACCGCGUGGAACGGUGCAGAGGAACCUUGGCCUGCGCUGGCUCCGAGAAAACCUUGGCCGUACGCCUCGGCACCAGGGGGUGGUGUAUUUUGCUGACGAUGACAACACAUACAGCCUGGAGCUGUUCGAGGAGAUGCGCUCGACCCAGAAGGUCUCCGUCUGGCCCGUCGCCUUUGUAGGCGGCCUACGUUACGAGUCGCCUAAAAUCAACAAACUGGGAAAAGUGUACGGCUGGAGCACCGUGUUCGACCCUCGGCGGCCAUUUGCGAUCGACAUGGCCGGGUUCGCCGUCAACCUCCAUCUCAUCCUCAGCAAACAUCAGGCCUACUUUAAGCUGAACGGGGUUAAAGGAGGAUAUCAGGAGAGCAGCUUACUGGGGGAUCUGGUCACUCUCAGCGAGCUGGAGCCUAAAGCUGAGAACUGUACAAAGGUGCUGGUGUGGCACACUCGGACCGAAAGACCUGUGCUAGUGAACGAAGGGAAGAAGGGCUUCACCGAUUUCACCGUGGAGAUAUAAUUAAUACACGGACUAUUUGGGACGUUGCAAUAAAAAUCUUUUGUGGAAGUCGUACAAAGCCAAGGAACGAUCGGAUGAACAGCAUUCUGAAAUUCCUCUAAGCUGCUGGCGCUGGUAUCUGGACGGAUCUCUGUUUGCCCACACUGAGGAUCAGCGGCAGAAGAAAAGGGCCGUUGUUCGGCGUGAGUCAGCUCUAAGCAAUAGCUUCAUUAUCACAACGAUUGUGAACGUCAUCUUUACCCCCGACACACUGAGCCAUUGAGGUCUAAAUAACAAAUACCCCCACACCUCCCCUCCCCCACACAACCAACCCCAACUUUUAACACAACAAAUGUAAAAAAAAAAUCUUCACACACAGCUUACACACACCGGACGGAAAUUUCAACUGGUUUGCAAAAGUUUGCACACCCCUAGAACCACUUUUUGCAACAUUUGGUGUGUUUAGUUUCAUCAGUGUUACGUCAUUAACACAAAUCCUGAACAGUUGAACAAAUAGAUUUAGUGUAAAUUAGCACAGAUUUAGCGACAGAGCCAAACCUUAUUGAUUUUCCUUUCUAGUUUGUACGUGGGUUAUAUCGCGAAUUCAUUUUUCACAAUGAAAUAUUUAAUGUUAUAGUGACUUGUGUAAACUCUCCUUACACGAAGUACAAGUGCGUAACUGGCGAGGCGUUAAAUUACCAUAAUUAACCCAAUUUAAACGAUUACAAAUCAACAAAACAAAUUAGACUUUUUGUCUUUCUUUUGGAAUUAAGAGAAAAAUAUAUCUCAGAUUUGACAUUUUCUCAAAUUAUGGUAUUUUUGUUUUUUUGUUUUGUUUUCCACAACCUUCUACAGCCCAUUGUAGUUAAAACCUCUGAUUUGCCCUAAUAAGCCGUUGUUGUUGUUGUUGUUGUUGUUGUUGUUUUGCUUUUAUGCACGAUCGCACAGAUUUUAAAAAGCUACACGUUUGCAGGAGUCCCUUUAAUUUGUGUAUUGGUUUCGUUUUUAUUUUUGCAUUUCUAGUUACUACACAUAAGAUUCAACCGGCAAUAAAAAUAAAAACCGACGCUACCA